AUGCUUACAGUCUACAAAAUUACUGCUGCUGCAGUAAUGGCAUUACUAAGAGCAUCGAGAAAAGUCAUGAGUUUAUCAAUUUUUAAGUUCUCUGAAAAUGAUUUGGAGCAGACUUUCGUUGGUGGUUUUAGUGGCCUUGGGCUUGAUCUUCUGGUGUGUGAAUGCGGCGGUUUAUCAGAUCCCCUUGACGAAACACACCAGCCCUCGUAUCAGGAUGAUCCGCGACGGCACAUGGGCAGAGUAUCGCCAAAAGUUGGAAUUGAUGCGAUCCAGUGGACGUUAUCAACCUUCGAGAAAACUAGAUAUCGUUGGGCAGACUGUAAGCGUUUUUCAGCUAAAGCUAAGACUUUGAACCUAUGGAUUCUAAGGGAUUUAUGUGUUUUUGAGUAA